AAAGGCAAAAAAAUCACAUAAAAGAACCGGUGAACCGGACCAGAAUUUUUUAUUUUCUUUCAAGAUUUUCUAUUUCAAUUCAAAACUUGAAAAGUUUCUGAAAAACGUUUCUCUAAGAACAUUUCAGCUACACACAGCUGAACUUCACCGUAUCAAAAUUUUAUUUUGUUUUUUUUUCUUGAUUUUCAUUUUUUAAUCAUUGUAAAAUCCAAAUCCUAAUUCUUAAAUCGCUGCUGAUUGCUCUCUUUUUUUUUUUUUUGUAAACACUCCCUUCUUUUUUUUUAAUCUUUGCCAUGGACCACAAUAUAACCGUUUUCACAAACCGCCAAGAAUCCGUUACGGCUGAUGACGGUAAUGGUGAAUCGGAAACCGUCGAUCAUGGAUGUGGAGGCGGAGACGGAGACGGAGGUGUCGAUGGUGGUAAGUCAGGCGUCAGCAUUGCGGAGAGGAGGGCGGCAACGUGCGGAUUCAAGGUGGAUAAGAUAAAUACAGCGAGAUUUCGGGCCUCCACUAGCCCAUUGGCCUCCCCGCCGGUCCGUUUGCCUUAUCUUACUAUCCCUCCUGGCAUUAGCCCCACGGCGUUGUUGGAUUCUCCUAUUAUGUUGCCCAACGCUCAGGGAUCUCCCACCACUGGAACUUUUCCAGUACCCACUCUCAAUCAGGAUGGUCAAGUGCUGAGUGUUAGCAACACAGAAAGAGGCAGCAAAAUAGCUCCUUCCUUCACAUUUAAACCACAAAGUAUGGAUUCCCAGCCAAGCUUUUCUAGUUUAGAAGAUCAGGUUUCUUCCUCUUUGAAUCUAGUUCAGAGGGCCGAGGUCGAUUAUCAGCCUCUUGUCCAUUUGGGUACACCUUUGGAUUUUGAAUUUCCUGCGGAAUUUUCCAAAGAAGCUACUUCAAGGAGUUUUGCAGCAGAUUCAGUCGCCGAAGUCAAAGUUUUAAAUAACAUUGUGAAUGAUAAUGUUAAUCUGGGAUGCCAUCCUUCUGAAUUGGCUGGUGAUCGAACGUCAAUGCAGAAAGUUCCUUUCAACGGACAAAAUGUCAGCACAAAUCUUUCAGAAAGUGAUCCAAAGGGAACAAACACCACAGCGGGAACAGCAAGAACAUCAGAAGAUGGAUAUAACUGGAGGAAGUAUGGGCAGAAACAGGUAAAGGGUAGUGAAUAUCCAAGAAGCUACUAUAAAUGUACCCAUCCAAAUUGUCAAGUGAAGAAGAAGGUAGAGCGUUCACUUGAUGGCCAAAUUACUGAAAUUAUAUACAAGGGUGCUCAUAAUCACCCAAAGCCUCAGCCUUGUCGCCCAUCACUUGGAUCCUCUUCAUCGUCUAAUGAAAUGUCAGAGAGUGCUGAAGGCAAUGGAACUUGUGUCAAAGUUGAAAGUGGUUUAAUUUGGAAAAAUACCCAAGCAGGUUCAAAGGAUAUUAAGCUUGGAUCUGAUUUGAGAGCCGAUGGCCUCGAAAGAACAUCCUCAACGUCUGUUAUAACUGAUCUUUCUGAUCCACUAUCAACUGCCCAAGGAAAAUCAGUUGGUGUUUUUGAAUCUGCUGAUACUCCAGAGUUUUCAUCAACACUUGCUAGUAAUGAUGAUGAUAAUGAUGAUAGGGCUACCCAGGGAAGUAUAUCACUCUGUGAUGAUGCAGCUAAUGAUGAUGAGUCUGAGUCAAAAAGAAGGAAGACAGAAUCGUGCUCGACUGAGAUGAAUGUGGCAUCUGGGGCUCUCCGUGAACCCAGAGUUGUUGUGCAAAUAGAAAGUGAAGUGGAUAUACUCGAUGAUGGUUAUCGAUGGAGGAAGUAUGGACAGAAGGUUGUCAAAGGAAACCCUAAUCCUAGGAGCUAUUACAAAUGUACAAGUCCCGGAUGUCCUGUGAGAAAGCAUGUGGAAAGAGCUUCUCACAAUCUAAAAUGCGUGCUCACGACAUAUGAUGGAAAACACAAUCAUGAAGUUCCAGCAGCCAGAAGCAGCAGUCAUGUUAACUCAAGUGCUUGUAAUUUACCCCCAGCAGUGCCCAACAGUCAAGCUGCUCUGGCAUUAUCCAGAAAUUCUCAUGUUCUAAAGCCUGAAACACCAAUCCAGGAUAUUGCACCUCCUUUUGAUCGAAAGCCCGAAUUCAAAAAUGAAUAUAUGAGACCCAGUUUUCUUGGGGAUUUCAGCAAUGAGAUGAAGCUUGGGACUGCUUCUCUGGCUUCUGUUUACCAAAUGAAGUUUCCUUCCUUACAGAAAGCUAUUCCUUAUGGCACCUUUGGACUGAACCCAAACUGCAUUUCUACACGUUCACCUGGCUCAAUUGCCUCAACAGUUCCAAAUUUUCCAAUUUCGAUGCCAUUGAAUCUCCCAACAUCUGCAAAUCUUUCUUUGGCUGGUUUUGAUAUCAAUAAUGGUGGAAAACCAGCUGCUCCAAUUCACUCUUUCCUUCCAGGGCAACAGUUCAAAGAGAAUGCUGCUAGGUUCCAUGGGAUCAAACAGGAGCUAAAGGAUGAUAACCAUUAUGAUCCUUGCCUUCCCAUUGUCGACCAUGCAAGUGCAACAUCGUCAUCAUCAUCAUCAGUCUAUCGCCAGCAGGCCACCGGAAAUUUUCCAUCCUAGACUGCAAUUCGUUUCUUACUGGAGCCUGGUAAGGUGUUGGAUUCUACUUGAGUUUGUUCAGAAUUAAAGGUUCUUUCUCUUUCUAUAUUGCUGAAUUAUCAUAUAUAGUUUUUCUCCUUCAUAUCUAUGCUGUUUUUUAUACAAAUCUUAUACACCUAUAGUCUAUAUAUGUAUGUGAUCCUCUUGAGUUUUAAUUUUAUACAUAGAAAUAUAAUAUUACAGGUUAAAAAUGCUUCGAUCUAGUGGUUUGUGCAGGACUGUUCAAAUUGUUUCUUAUUGUUCUAUUAUUAAGUAUUAUUGUUCUAAAUUAUUACUUGAAAAAUAAGUGUGAACUGAAUGAAUACAUAAGGAUUGAAUUUGUAUUAUAGAAAUUAUUUGGUAUAUUGCUGAAGAUUGAGAAUUGUUUAUGACUGUAAACGUUGAAUUUUAGAAAUUAUACAUUUCAAAAUUUUAACUUUAUUUUAUAACAUUUUAUAGGUCUCUUGAUGAUUUUGAAUAAAAAUUAAAAAGGUAAUUUAGGUGGAAUAUUAAUUUAUUUAAAAUAAAACUGAGCUUCUAUGCUAAAAUGAUAAUCAGCUCUUUCUCUAUUGUCUAGUAUAUAUCAAUUUGUUUUUGUUGCAUAAAUUUUUCACCCACUAAAUCUAGUAUAUAUAUAGAUAGAAAGAACUUGUAAUAUUAAAUUUCUUGGCGCAAGGCCUUUGGCUUGGCUUCUCCAAAUUCUUAUGCUUUUCCGAGUCCCUUCUUGCUAUUGGUUAUCAUCAUCAUUGCCUAAAGCUUCUCCAGAUUCUUAUGGUUUUUUGAGUCGUUUCUUGCUCUUGGCCAUCAUCAUCACUGCUUGAAGCGUUAAUGAUGUCUGGGGAUUGAGAGCUCGGAAUGGAAGGACAUUGAACUCAGGCCUCCUCCGAUGGCAUUUGACUGGGUCUCUGGUUAUGUUGUUUCUGUCUGGUUAAGUUGCUUUGAUGAUUUUAGUUCUUAGGCGGUUCAGUUUGGUGUUGUGCCUGGUGCUGAUGUUGCUGAAGUGAACUGAUAUCAUGUGUCUCCGUACAGCAAUAGGAAUAAAACGAUGGCCACUACCAAGGCAGUAGAGGAUGUUACUUGUGGUUGUCGCCUAGUUUAAAACGCUUUGACUUUCGGCCUGGUCCUUAUUUAUUCCUAAUGACAGGGAUAUCUAUCUUGUAUCGGUUCUUGUUGACCUUGGGGGAUUGUGAUCGAAUUCGAGAAAUUCCUGUUGCUAUUCUAUUGCUCUUCUCUUUGUUCU